CACAUAUCCAAGAUGAAUGUCAUCAUCCCGUUUUCCCCAGAUGUGCCCUGUGACAGCAACGGCCAGCGGAUGUGGUGGGCUUUCCUCGCCUCCUCCAUGGUCACUUUCUUUGGGGGUCUCUUCAUAAUCCUCCUGUGGAGAACUCUCAAAUACCUGUGGACUGUGUGCUGCCACUGUAACGGCAAAAAGAAGGAGGUCCAUCGGAUCACGACAGGCGAUGGCAUCAAGCGCACCGACAAGGACGACCCGGCGGCCAGCGAGGUGGGCUGGAUGACCUCGGUCAAAGACUGGGCUGGAGUCAUGAUAUCCGCUCAGACACUGACAGGAAGAGUGCUGGUGGUGCUCGUAUUUGCUCUCAGCAUUGGAGCCCUUGUUAUAUACUUUAUAGAUUCUUCUGAUCCUAUCGAGUCCUGUCAGAACUUCUACAAAGACUUCACGUUGCAGAUCGACAUGGCGUUCAACGUGUUCUUCUUGCUGUACUUCGGCCUCCGGUUCAUUGCUGCCAAUGACAAGCUGUGGUUCUGGUUGGAGGUGAACUCGGUGGUGGACUUCUUCACGGUUCCUCCGGUGUUUGUGUCGGUGUACCUGAACAGGAGCUGGCUCGGCUUGAGGUUUUUAAGGGCCUUAAGGUUGAUACAGUUCUCAGAAAUUUUACAAUUUUUGAAUAUACUAAAGACAAGCAACUCAAUAAAGCUGGUGAACCUGUGUUCGAUCUUCAUAAGCACAUGGCUAACUGCGGCAGGAUUCAUUCAUUUGGUGGAAAACUCAGGGGAUCCUUGGGAAAACUUCAAAAAUUCCCAGGCGCUUUCCUACUGGGAAUGUGUCUACUUACUCAUGGUUACUAUGUCCACUGUUGGCUACGGAGACGUUUAUGCGAAAACCACCCUGGGUCGCCUGUUUAUGGUCUUCUUCAUCCUUGGUGGUUUGGCCAUGUUUGCGAGCUACGUCCCUGAAAUCAUAGAGUUAAUAGGAAACCGCAAGAAAUAUGGUGGUUCCUAUAGUGCGGUUAAUGGGAGAAAGCACAUCGUGGUCUGUGGUCAUAUUACACUUGAGAGUGUGUCCAACUUUCUAAAAGACUUCCUACACAAGGACAGGGAUGAUGUCAAUGUAGAAAUUGUUUUUCUCCAUAAUAUUUCCCCUAAUCUUGAGCUGGAAGCCUUGUUCAAGCGCCACUUCACUCAAGUGGAGUUUUACCAAGGAUCCGUCCUGAACCCACACGACCUGGCCAGAGUUAAGAUCGAAUCAGCUGAUGCUUGUUUGAUCUUAGCCAACAAAUACUGUGCUGACCCUGAUGCUGAGGAUGCAUCCAACAUCAUGAGAGUAAUAUCUAUCAAGAACUACCAUCCAAAGAUCAGAAUUAUCACUCAGAUGUUGCAGUACCACAAUAAGGCCCACCUUUUGAACAUCCCGAGCUGGAACUGGAAGGAGGGAGAUGACGCUAUUUGCCUUGCGGAGCUAAAGCUUGGCUUCAUCGCGCAGAGCUGCCUGGCUCAGGGCCUCUCCACCAUGCUGGCCAACCUUUUCUCCAUGAGGUCCUUCAUCAAGAUUGAGGAGGACACAUGGCAGAAGUAUUACCUAGAAGGAGUGGCCAAUGAGAUGUAUACUGAGUACCUAUCGAGUGCCUUUGUGGGCAUGUCCUUCCCUGUCAUUUGCGAACUCUGCUACGUGAAGCUAAAGCUGCUACUGAUAGCUAUAGAGUACAAGUCUGAUCAAAGGGAAUGCAGCACCUUGAUUAACCCUGGAAACCACGUGAAAAUGCAGGAGGGGACAUUGGGCUUCUUCAUUGCAAGUGACGCUAAAGAAGUGAAGAGGGCGCUGUUUUACUGUAAAGCCUGCCACGAUGACAUUACUGAUCCCAAAAGGAUUAAGAAAUGUGGAUGCAAGAAAUCCAAGAAGUUCGCCUACAAGAAAAUGAAACUGGCAUGUUGUUUUGAUUGCGGCCGCUCAGAGCGGGACUGCUCUUGCAUGCCAGUUAAUGUGCGUUGUAACAUGGACUCUCCUCGACGCGACAUCCCACUCUCUGCUGUCUCUGUUAAUGAUUGCUCAGCCACUUUACGUGCCUUUGAAGAGGACCAACAGUUGGCGUUAUCGCCCAAAAAAAAGCAACGCAACGGAGGCAUGAGAAAUUCUCCAAACUCCUCACCCAAGAUUGUGAGACAUGACCCGCUCCUCAUCCCGGGAAACGACCAGAUUGAGAGCAUGGACGAGAACGUAAAGAAAUACGACUCCACGGGGAUGUUUCACUGGUGCCCGUCCAAAGACAUCGAGAAGGUCAUCUUGACCCGGAGUGAGGCAGCCAUGACUGUUCUGAGUGGUCACGUGGUCGUGUGCAUAUUUGGAGAUGUGAAAUCUGCGUUGAUUGGUCUCCGGAACUUUGUCAUGCCUCUGAGAGCGAGCAACUUUCACUACCAUGAGCUGAAGCACAUCGUGUUUGUUGGCUCCCUUGAGUAUCUGAAACGGGAGUGGGAGACCCUUCACAAUUUUCCAAAGGUCUCCAUUUUACCUGGCACGCCGUUGAGUCGGGCAGAUCUGAGGGCUGUCAACAUCAACCUCUGCGACAUGUGUGUCAUUCUGUCAGCCAAUCAGAACAAUAUUGAUGAUGCAUCACUGCAGGACAAAGAAUGCAUCUUGGCGUCACUCAACAUCAAAUCCAUGCUGUUUGAUGACAGCAUCGGGGUCUUGCAGGCUAAUUCCCAAGGCUUCACACCACCAGGAAUGGAUAGAUCCUCUCCUGAAAACAGCCCAGUCCAUGGAUUAGUGAGGCAGACUUCUGUCACAACCGGAGCAAAUAUUCCCAUCAUAACAGAACUAGUAAAUGACUCCAAUGUUCAGUUCCUGGACCAAGAUGAUGAUGACGACCCUGAUACAGAGUUAUACCUCACUCAGCCUUUUGCCUGUGGAACAGCCUUCGCCGUCAGUGUGCUGGAUUCAUUAAUGAGUGCUACAUACUUCAAUGAUAAUAUCCUCACCUUGAUCCGGACGCUGGUAACAGGCGGGGCGACCCCGGAGCUGGAGGGGCUGCUGGCAGAGGAGAAUGCAUUACGGGGCGGCUACAGCACGCCACAGACGUUGGCGAACAGGGACAGGUGUCGUGUGGCACAGCUGGCCUUGUACGACGGGCCCUUCGCCGACCUCGGGGAUGGCGGUUGUUAUGGUGACCUGUUUUGUAAAGCCCUGAAAACAUACAACAUGUUGUGUUUUGGCAUCUAUCGGUUACGGGACGCACAUCUAAACUCCCAAAGCCAAUGUACCAAACGGUAUGUCAUCACCAAUCCACCAUAUGCGUUUGAGCUGGUGCCCUCAGACCUGAUAUUCUGCCUGAUGCAGUUUGACCACAACGCUGGCCAGUCUCGAACCAGUCUCUCCCACUCUUCCCAUUCGUCCCAUUCCUCCAGCAAAAAGAGCUCCUCCGUCCACUCCAUCCAAACCACCAACCGCACCAACCGCGCCAAAAGCAGGGACUCACGAGACAAACAAAAUGGCAUUAGAGGAUCAAAACUGGGACAAUGGGACAAAAGGUUUACAGGUGAGCCACAGAAUACCCACUUGAGGACCAUACAGAUCAAGCCUGUGAAUACGCUCGCCAUCAACCAAGUCCGUCAGCAUAAAUCCACAAGCAGCUUGAUUCCACCCAUCAGAGAAGUAGAAGAUGAGUGCUGAGCUCCUGACACGGGCUGGCACCUGGACGCUUGAACCCCAAGGAGAAGCAUUGUGUAGGUCUCAGACUGGGAUUCGGGUUGAAUAUUCAUCCGCAAACAUAAAUCAACAAUUGACAUUAGAUAAGACAAACACAAACUGCUUUCCUCAUUCACCUCUGC